GAUUUCCUCACUGACUUAAUGAUGUCUGAAGUGGAUCGAUGUGGAGAUAAUGAACACCUGAUAUUUCGGGAAAACACACUCGCCACCAAGGCUAUCGAGGAGUACUUGAAGCUAGUUGGACAGAAAUAUUUACAGGAUGCUCUAGGUGAGUUCAUCAAGGCUCUGUACGAAUCAGAUGAGAAUUGCGAAGUUGACCCUAACAAAUGUUCUGCCUCUGACCUUCCCGAACAUCAGGGCAACUUGAAGAUGUGCUGCGAACUGGCCUUCUGCAAGAUCAUCAACUCCUACUGUGUUUUUCCUCGGGAGCUGAAGGAGGUCUUUGCAUCGUGGAGACAAGAAUGUAACAGUCGAGGUCGCCCCGAUAUCAGCGAGAGGCUUAUUAGCGCCUCAUUGUUUUUGCGCUUCCUGUGCCCCGCCAUCAUGUCCCCAUCACUGUUUAACCUUCUACAAGAAUACCCAGAUGACAGGACUGCCCGCACACUGACCUUGAUUGCCAAAGUCACGCAGAACCUUGCCAACUUCGCCAAGUUUGGUAGUAAAGAGGAGUACAUGUCCUUUAUGAAUCAGUUUCUGGAACAUGAAUGGACGAACAUGCAACGAUUCCUCUUGGAGAUCUCCAACCCAGAGACCAUUUCCAACACAGCUGGGUUUGAGGGCUACAUUGACCUGGGAAGGGAGCUGUCCACACUGCACUCGCUGCUCUGGGAGGUCAUUUCUGUGGAUCAGGCUACAGUAACCAAGCUGGGUCCUCUUCCUCGUAUCCUGCGUGAUGUGAACACAGCACUCAGCAACCCAUCCAGUAUACAGAGCUCUGUCACAAGUGAUCACUCUGCCUCCACCCCAAAUGCCAGCAACAAUAUAUCUGUCGGCCUCCAAAAGAUGGUAAUAGAGAAUGACUUAACUGGUCUGAUAGAUUUCACCCGGUUACCCUCUCCAACACCUGAAAACAAGGACUUAUUUUUUGUCACAAGGUCUGCUGGAGUCCAGCCCUCACCGGCACGUAGCUCCAGCUACUCGGAGGCCAAUGAACCUGAUGUUCAGAUCACGAACGGCAACAAGAGCCUAUCUAUGGUGGACCUGCAGGACAAUCGGGUACUGGACGUUGGUACCAACACAUCAGGGAUUGGAGACUCUCUGAAUGACAGUCAGACAUCUUUUAGUCAGCUACAGGCGAUAUGGACCGCACGGACGCCACAGGGAAAUAUAAUGACCCUGACAACAGCCCGAAGAACAGGGCAAACACCAACCACUCCUAAUUCGGAUGCCACGCUGGGUAGGCCACAGCUCCUGGCACCUCUAUCAUUCCAGAACCCUGUGUACCAAAUGGCAGCAGGUUUGCCUGUUUCACCACGGGGUUUGGGAGACUCUGGUUCUGAAUGUCAUAGUUCACUUAGCUCCCACAGUAACAGCGAGGACUUGGCAGGGAGUAAACAUGGAUUUCUUAACCCUGGAAGUAGUGAGGAAUUCAGUAGACGUUCUGGGGACAUGUCACGUAGGCAGUUAUCUUUGACUGAUAAGCCUGGGCAGCCCACCAUGCCACGGCAGAACAGCUCGGGUCCUCAAAGGAGAAUUGACCAGCCACCACCUCCUCCACCACCGCCAAUGACCAGAGGAAGGACGCCACCAACAUUACUUAAUACAGCACCCUACCCAAGGCCAUCAAGUGGGAGUAUGAUGUCCUCGUCACCAGACUGGCCCGGCAGUGGAGCUCGAAUGAGACAGCAAUCCUCUUCAUCUAAAGGGGAUAGUCCAGAGAUGAAGCAGAGAACGGUGCACAAACAGGCCCCUUCACCUGUGAACCCCAAUGCUCUGGACCGCACAGCCGCAUGGCUCUUGAAUAUGAAUAUGAUGUUAGAAGAUGAAAGCAUUGAGCCAGAUUUCAAGCACAGGGAUAAUAUGAGGAAUAAGGAGGAGAUGACCCAAAUAGAAAAGUACCAGCAGGAGAUCAUGGUUCUUCAGGACAAGCUGCGCCUUUCCAACAAGAAGCUGGAAGAAUAUGAGAACCGCUGUAAGAGCCAAGACGACCAGACACAGAAGAUACUGCUAGAGUACCAAACGCGGCUGGAGGAGAGUGAGGAACGCCUGCGCAGACAGCAGGAGGACAAAGAGAUGCAAAUGAAGGGCAUUAUAAGCAGGUUGAUGUCUGUAGAGGAGGAGCUGAAGAAGGACCACGCAGAGAUGCAGGCAGCUGUGGACUCCAAACAGAAGAUUAUUGAUGCACAGGAAAAGCGCAUUGCCUCACUGGAUGCGGCCAACGCCAGGUUAAUGAGCGCCCUAACACAGCUAAAAGAGAGUAUGCCUUAGAAAAAAAAUCAUCAUUAAUCUGGAAUACUGUCCACUUAAUAUUUGGGGAAACUCUCUGCUUGGAAAAUUAAAGGCUCGGAAGAAUGUAAGUGAUCUUAAAAUACAGAGAACCAGCUCCAUGAUUUGCCUACGGAUUUUCCCCUUGUCUGGCAAGUCCCCAUGCAGAGGGAUUUUAUAUCUGUGUUGAAGAAUGCAGAUUCAUCCCACUGACAGCAGCCUGCUAGUCAGUACAUUUCUGUUUUAAAAAAUAGUAAUAAUGACACCUACCAUGCUGCUCACUAGCACUGUGUGCUUCAUCCCAAUUUUUAAACAGCCUUCGCACAGUCCGGAUCUCACCCAGGAAUGGGACUGACCAGCCAGAAAACUUUGUGGCUUUUAUGGACAAUUGUAUGUAGUAAUUCUAUUUUUACUGACUGAACUAGGACAAUAUAAAACCAAUUCAAUCUGUGGCCACUCAACUCCAAGGAGCCAAAACCCUGAGAUUUGGAGUUCCGGGACCACAAAAGCAAAAACAGAA